AAAUAGUCAGAGACGAUGAAACCCAGACUCCGAGUGUUAAUCUUAGUGUUGUUGCCAUUGCUUUGCUUUGGUUUACCAACGCGGAAUGUUUGUGAUAGGAAUCUACAGAAGAAAUACUGUGAUGCACCGUAUGGAGGUGAUUUCCAUACGGUGUGUCGUUAUUGUGGUGUGGGACUCCAAUGUCCGAACAAAGUGCCCUCUGGACGAGGUCUCGCUGAUCCCGUGCUGGUGGACGAGAUCUUGAAAAGGCACAAUGCUUAUCGAGCUCAAGUGCGACAAAUGCAAGACUUGGUCGACCAAGAUGAAGGUAAACCCAUGGCCCGUUGCAUCCCCGAACUCAGGUGGGACGAUGAAUUAGCCCGGGUAGCUCAAGUCUGGUCGGAACAAUGUGCCAGUGUGAUAUAUUUUCAUGGGAGCGAUAUGUACCCAAAAGUGUUUCAUGAACGUGGAACAGAGCGAACAACGGAGGCAUUCCGAGGUCCACCUGGUGUUGGCCAGAACAUUGCUUGGGCAUUAACCAAAGACGUCAAUUUUACACGGAUCAUCGAUGAUCUGUGGUAUAGAGAUAUUUCCCAAGUUCAACCACAAUACAUUGAGGAUUUUCAACAAAUUGCAAAUCACGAUAGAGACAUGACAUUGGUGACUCAAAUUUUGUGGGGAAGAACCACUCAUGUUGGAUGUGGGUGGACUCAAUUCCCCGUGAAAGAUUCGUCCCCCAUAAGGAUGAUGAAUAGCGGCUUGUUGGCAAAAUAUGGUAUGGGCGGUGAGAAUCAGACGUUGUACGAGAAUUUCUUUGUAUGCAACUACGGUGUCGGAGGCAAUGUUUUGGGCGAGCCGGUUUUCAAUUGCAACGACGGUGGGCUUGGCGAUUCUGCUAAUUUGAGUACGAGCGAACCUCUACAUGAAACCACUAAGGCUAUGGAUGGGCUUGCGUCAACGGUUAUAAAGUAUCAAGACCAAUAUCAAAAUGCCUCCCCUGAGACGAAGAAGACAAUUCAAAAUUGUUUAGAGGGAAUCACUUGCACCAGCAAUCAAAAUUUAACAUCAAAUUGCACAACCAAGCACGUAAAUUGUCUGAAGGUGUCUAUUGGAUACCUUGAGGGAUUGGAUCAAUCUGAUCUUGUCGCAAAACUGGAGUGACAAAUUGGAGAGAUUUUGUGUUCUUUAGCAAAAUCAUUCUCACAAUGUCGCCAAGACCAUGAAACGUGUAUGAGCGAAGAGAUCAACCAAGCUACGACCACGACCACUCAAAGCCCAAACCUCAAGGGGAAUAUCCAAAGCUCAACUACCAUAUCUCCCAUAACGAAAACUAUGUCGACAGAAACGGCAGUUGGGUCCAGCUCUUUUGGUGUCAAAACGUCCACAAUUACAUUGCCUAAUGUAAAUGUCGAGGUCACCACGUUUUCGGCUCUCAAUGUGGAACACAUGGACAGACCUGAGAGCAAACUUUCAUCCAAUGAUCAUGCGGAAUCCCUUACCAUCAAACCAGAGCCUCAAGAGUUCACCCCACCUGCAGAAACAGAGCCAUCAAUAGCAGUUCCAAUCACCAGCGCUGUAUUUGACGCCUCAUCUGUGACCCAAAGCUCCGUAGGCGAGGUCAAUAAUGAAUUCACACCUCCAUCUGAGACUGAACCUCCUCUGGCGGUCGAAAAUAAGAACAUCUCCGCUCAAGCUUUUGAUAACGACGAAGGCCCUGAGACAAAGCUUGAACCAGCCCUUUUGCCGCAAAUUGAGUUGUUUCCCCGUAUUGAUAUGGGGUUUUACAAUGAUUCAACCAGGUCGGAAGAGAGGCUCGCAUUCUGCCUCAAUAGCCUGGAGUGUGAUCCAGAAGAUAACCAAGUUGAUUGUGUGCAAUUGAACUUGUUCUGCAACCAGGGCUUAAACGUUACCGGUAUUAAUCCGAAGAUAAUUUUAAAGCUUUCAGAAUGUAUGAUUCAAGACAUCAUCUGCUUCCUUCAAGGAGACAGUUUGUAUGAGUAUUGUAGAAAUCGUUUUGUAAGUUGCGCAGACAUAAUCAUGCCCAGCUUUGUCCGUAUCCCCUUGGCUGAUAAUUCUUUGGAAACAAACCUUAGUGGAUUAGAUGGCUUUGUAGAGAUCACUGGAAUUAGUGAAAUCUCUAACCAAAGUUCAACCAUUGCUGGGAACGUGUCCAACAACGUACUUGAAUCAAUAUCUCAAACUUUGGGUGAAAUUGAACUAUCUGAGUUGGGUGCAAAUCUGACUUUGGAUGAUAUUAUAGCUGAUAACACAACCCUUAAGAUAUAUCAAGAUAUUCAUAUCAUACUAAAUGAUGAUCCGACCCAAAGCAAUGGAACGAUUGUUGAGCUUACCAUCAAUGGAACCACACUUCAAGUUGACAUUGACAAUCCAUCAAUAGUUCUUGACCCAAAUUCUUUCAUCAUUGGCUUGGAAAAUCAAACCAACAUUGACAAUCCAACAAAAGAGAUGUUAAUUGAGAAGGUCCUACAGAACUUUGGUGCAGUGGGAACAGUUUGUGCUCUUUGCGGGAAAGCCAACCACUCUUUAUCCGUUGACUUAGAUGGUGUGACCCUAAAGCACAAGCCGAUUCUCGAUACUGUUUUAAUUUAUCCUGCUCCGUCGCAACUGCAAAUUCAAUUAUCCUUUUGUCUAAGUGCCUUAUCUUGUGGAGAGCUACACUCAUGUCAAUCGGCCCAAAUCAAUUGUAUUGGAGAGGAUAACUUUAAGAUUUAUUCGCCCUUUGAGAGGAAAGCCAUCGCUGAAUGUCUCGUUGAAAACUUUCUGUGCCAAAUAGACCAACAGAUCUUAAAAAUUUGUGGCAGUGGAUUAGAUUCGUGCCUAGACAACAUGGAAUUGAGCAAAAAUUUACCUUUCACUACUUCAGAAGUAAAGGUUGAACAUGGGUCCUUGCCUCCUCAUGUUAAUAUCCUAAAUGGAAACACGUCUACCCUACCUAACGGACAUGUCGAAAAAACUGCAGUUAGAAAAAUUGUCUUUGACAUUGCCAAGGACAUUACCCCCUUUUUAGACAAAACAUCACAACGGCCACUAUGGGUCAACAUAGUGUGGAAUAACCAAAACACUACCCUCCAAAUGGAAGAUAACUUGGUGAUGAAGGAGACUCAGUCCAAGAACCCACGAGCACCAAUUAUUAUACGAAUUGAAACUAAAACCCCUUUUCCAACGUUCAACCAGAGUAGUCAAUUCAAUUACUACCAACCGCAAAAUAAAAAUUCUGACGCCGUGGUCAAACGAGUAUUUGAUCAACUGCUUAUAAUGCUGAGCAGAGAAUAUACAGCCAACUACAA